AUGGUGGAUCUAAAGAUAGAGAAAGAGGGGAGAGAAACAGAGAGAAUGGAAAAAGAAAAGGGUGAUAAGAACGAAAGAGGGGCGACAAGAACAAGAGAGGGCGACACAGAAAAGUGGUCAGAUUUCAAGAAGCAAAUCGAGUUGGCUUUGGCAGGGUUCAAAGGUGGAAAAAGAAUUCAAAUAUGGAUACCACUACGUAUACAUGUCAUAACCCAAAAUGAGCAGAUGUACAUUGUAAAUGAUGAACUUGUGAAAUUGAUGGGUGGAGAAGUGUCUGAUCUUGUAUUCACGAAGUCUGGUCCAACAGUAAUAGUACUUGCAGGCUUACAAGGUGUUGGAAAGACCACAGUUUGUGCCAAGCUUGCCUUUUACCUAAAGAAGAUGGGGAAAAGUUGCGUGUUGGUUGCUGGAGAUGUGUACAGGCCUGCAGCUAUAGACCAACUCUCAAUUUUGGGUGAAAAGAUAGGUGUGCCUGUUUAUAAAGAAGGAACUCAAGUAAAGCCUUCACAAAUUGCUAAAAAUGGUCUUGAAGAAGCCAAAAAGAAGAAAAUCGACGUUGUCAUGGUGGAUACCGCAGGAAGACUGCAGGUUCUCUUAGAAGCUGAAAUUAUAUAUUCAUAG